AUGGCACAUUGCUGUGUUCAUUGGACGCAUGCACAUGAUGGCAUGCUACAAGCACUUGUGAAGACUUUGAUUAUGGCCGCCCCAAAUGAUCUUCUCCAACUGUUUGUCGAUCGAUUAGGAGUUGCAUGGAAUGCUCUUGUGAUUGUCUCUUCUCUGAAGGUUAUACCAAAAGUGAAGACUAGCAGGUGA